AGUAAGAAAAAUAGUUAUGUUAAAAAUAGAAUGUUGAACAAAUUAGGUUGUAAUUUAUGCAGAAAACAGUAGUUAUUCCAAAGUUUUGAAAAUGACCACUCAGCCAAAACGUAAAGAAAUUUAUAAGUACAAUGCUCCAUGGAUUGUUUAUGGAAUGAGUUGGAGUGUUCGUCCUGACAAGCGUUUUCGUUUGGCUGUUGGUAGUUUUAUUGAAGAGUACAGCAAUAAAGUUCAGAUCAUUCAACUUGAUGAAACUCAUGGUGAGUUUACUGUUCAAUCAACAUUUGAUCAUCCUUAUCCAACUACAAAAAUAAUCUGGAUUCCAGAUGAUAAAGGUCAUUACCCAGACCUUGUUGCCACUUCUGGAGAUUAUUUACGAAUCUGGAGAGUUGCCAAUGGAGAAGUGCGAUUAGAAGCGUUACUUAACAAUAACAAAAACUCAGACUACUGCGCACCAUUAACGUCUUUUGAUUGGAAUGAAGUAGAUCCAAACAUUUUAGGCACGUCAAGCAUUGAUACUACAUGCACAAUAUGGGGAUUAGAGACUGGUCAGCCGCUAGGCAGAGUGCAAGGAAAUGUGAAAACACAACUUAUUGCUCAUGAUAAGGAGGUAUACGAUAUUGCGUUCAGUCGUGCUUGUGGUGGUCGAGAUUUGUUUGCUUCAGUUGGUGGGGAUGGAUCAGUAAGGAUGUUUGAUUUGAGACAUUUGGAACACUCAACAAUAAUAUAUGAAGAACCACAUCAUAUUGGUCUUUUGCGGCUGGCUUGGAACAAACAAGAUCCAAAUUACUUGGCCACUUUUGCUGUUGAAAGUUUAGAGACUGUUAUAUUGGAUAUGCGAAUGCCAUGCACGCCUGUGGCUCGGUUAAGUAAUCAUCGCGCUCCUGUCAAUGGAAUAGCGUGGGCACCACAUUCUUCAUGUCAUAUAUGUACAUCAGCUGAUGACCAUCAAGCGCUCAUUUGGGACAUUCAGCAAAUGCCAAGAGCUAUUGAAGACCCUAUUCUUGCUUACACGGCAGAAGGUGAAAUUAAUAAUGUACAAUGGGCAACCAACCAACCUGAUUGGAUUUCCAUCUCAUAUAAUAAAAGUAUCGAAAUAUUAAGGGUUUAGAAUAAAAAUCACUAUAUAGUACGGUAUGGCACGAGUUUUUAUAUAUAUUUUAUAACUAAAGAAGAACAGUUAGAAAAAUAUAUCUAAAGAACUGCAAGAAAAGUAUAUAUCUUAUAAAGAACAAUGUGAUAUUUUAUUAAAAAUGUUAAUGCUACCAGUCAACUCAAAAUGUUGGUGCUGAGCCACUAAAUGUUAAUAACAUUCGAAGUUUUACGAAUGAUAGAUUAUAUAAGAAUAACUGCUCUCGUGGUUUUUUGAAAAUGGGCUGUUCAAAGUUGACGAAGAUUGGGCGCGGAACAUUCGCAGCAUUUAUAUUAUUAAAUUUAUUGCAUUCCUCUUUUUUUAAAAAGAAAAAAUUGUAAAGGAGCAAAAUUUCGCAUAAAACAACUUUUAUUGUAAAGAAAGAUUAAAAUAUAAAAGACUUACCAACAAA